AUGAGAACCAUAGAUGCCAGUGAGGCCAACACCACACCAAUUGACCCCGAUCCCAUCGGGAGCCCUAACACGCCUCCAGACGAGCUAGACUCAUCAGGAGUGGUGGCUGAUACAGAAGCCCCAGCCACGAUCACUGCUGAUCUGGACCAUGCACUGAUUGACACAGAGACUCAGUCAGCGGCAAGAGGCACAGGCCCUUCAGCACCUGUGCCCCUACUUCCAACCAUGAGUGGUGAGCUGACAGGGACUAAUAAUCCCCCUGUUGACAAAGCAACGAUGAAGGGAGACCUACCACUCUCUGUUGUUGCACCACGAGAAGAUGUGCCAUGGAGGGAAUUCAUCCAGAUGUUUGUGAGUUUCGAAAAAGGGCUUGAAAGUCGAUUCAACACCAUUCUGGAAAGGUUAGACACGCUUGAGGGACAUCAGGAGCUUUUCCCUGACGAAGCCCCCUGA